GGACAUUGGUUCCCAAAUCUUUAAAAUGGAUUAAAAUAUGACGGCAAUGUCUAAUAUUCUAUUCGUUUGCUGUUCGGUGAUGCAUGUAAUAUGUAUCGAAUCCUAUCGGAAGAGAGAAGGUCUUUCUGACUAUGAAAAAUCAGGAGGGAAAAAGCGAUCGGGCAUCAAAUGGUUCCACGCAAAUUGCUAAACCAAAAUCAAAUUGCAAAUGUCAUGCAAAGAACGGGCUCCAUCAUUACAAUUGCCUCCCAGAGCAUCUACGAAAUAAUCAAUAUGUCCGUACCGGUUAUCGCGUCAAUCUAAGUACAUGGGAGUGUAUCAAAAGCCUAUUUUAUUUGCACAAUGAAAGCUUCAAUGUUUAUUCUCAUGGGCUUGCAGCAAUUCUGUUAGUUUUGCUGAGUCCAUAUGUUUAUGGCAAGAUAUCCCAUCUAGAAUUUGACCCAAUCCUUUACCCUGUUCACCAUAUUACAUCCACCACCUGUGUGCUUUUCAGUGCCAUAUACCACCUGAUGUCAUGUCAUGAGGGAGGGAAGCCAUUCUACAACAGAGUCAUUUUGCUUGAUUACUUUGGCAUUUUGCUGGUGACCGGUCUAUCUUGUAUCACAUUUUUGAAAGCAACAUUUUUCUGUUAUCCACGGGUUCGAAUCCCAGUCACAACAAUCUAUUUUCUAUUAGGCUUUGUUAGUUUAAUGUAUAUAAAAAAAGGUACAGAUGCUGAGACAAGAACAUUUCCAUUGCUUGCCCUUGGCACCUUUAGGAUGUUUGCUCUAUACCCUGUGAGAUGUAUCAUGACAACAUUAGGGUGCACUACAGGGCCAUUAAGUACAAUUUGGUAUGCAAUUGGGAUAGAAAUGGUCGGCCUCUUUGCUAGCAUCAUUAAUUUUUCAUGCUUUCCAGAGAAAGUGUUUGUAGGGAAAUUGGAUUAUUUUUUCAAUAGUCAUAACAUUAUGCAUCUUUUCAUCUUGAUUGGGCCUGCAGUAUUGCAUUCUGGGACAGUGAUGGAUUUUGAAUGGAUGCAGUUGGUUGAAUGUCCAAUGUAAAAAUCUCUUGCAAGUGUCAUUUAGUAUAGUCUUAUUAGUUAUAAAUAAAUCAAGUCAAUAAAGUUAUUUGAAUUGUGAAUACCUAGAUAGGCCUAAACACAUCUAAUAUAUAUACU